UUGCAAAUUUUAUAUUCAAUAAAAACAAACAAACACACAUACAUACAUAUUUUGGAGAUCGAUAAAAAAUGGCGCCAUUAUUGUUGCUCCUACUAUUGUCACUACUAAGUUUUCAUCAUCAAUUUCAAGUUCUUCAGGCUCAAGAUCAUGAUUUCAGUUACAUGAAAUCAGUACACAAUGCAAGUGAAAUGGGAUCAGUAGAAGAAGAAUACGAUUACAUCGUGAUCGGAGGAGGCACAGCCGGUUGCCCCUUAGCGGCGACUCUAUCAGAAAACUACUCAGUUCUCGUCCUCGAAAGGGGCAACGCUCCACAAUCGCACCCAAGCGUCUUGACCACAGCCGGAUUCUUCUCCGAUCUCCUGAGCAGCAAAGAUGAUGGUACGACGCCGUUUCAGAGGUUCACGUCGGAGGACGGAGUCGGAAACGCAAGAGGAAGAGUUCUAGGCGGGUCGAGCAUGGUCAACGGCGGCUUCUACUCCAGAGGCGACGACGAGUUCUUCGCCAAAUCGGGGGUGGAGUGGGACAUGGGUAUGGUGGAGAAGGCGUACGAGUGGGUUGAGGAGAGUGUGGUUUCGCGUCCGGGAUUGGAUGUUUGGCAAUCUGCUUCGAGAGAGGCUCUUGUGGAAGCCGGUGUGGCUCCGGACAAUGGGUUCGGUUUGGAUCACAAGAUUGGGACCAAAACUUCUGGAUCGACUUUCGAUCGGUUUGGGAGAAGGCAUGGAGCUGUGGAGCUUCUCAGCCGUGGAAACUUGGAGAGGUUGAGAGUGGUUGUGCAGGCCACCGUCCACAGAAUCAUCUUCUCCACAAAAACCUCAUCAAGUACAAAAGCACCCUCUGCAAUCGGAGUCAUAUACACUGAUUCAAAAGGAAAGUCUCACAAGGCAUUUGUAGGUCACAAAGGGGAAAUUAUUUUGAGUGCAGGCGCCAUUGGAAGCCCUCAACUUUUGCUACUAAGCGGAAUCGGUCCACAAAACUCCCACCCCAACGUUGGAAAAUUCAUGGCCGAUAAUCCUUCUAACACCAUCAGUCUCAUACUCCCAAAUUCAUCAAUGGAGUCUUCCACAAUAAAAGUUGUAGGAAUUACUAAUGAUUAUUUCAUAGAGCCCACCCUCUUUCACAUUCAACUAAAUGCUUCUACAAAUUUGAGUUUAGGUAUCAUUGCUGAAAAAAUCCCAGGACCCUUGUCGAGUGGCUCCUUGUGGCUGUCUUCUUCGACCGACGCAAAAGCUGCACCACAUGUUCGAUUCAACUACUUUGCCAACCCGAUUGACCUGUCGCGCUGCGUUAUGGCAAUGAAAAAAAUUGGUGAUAUGUUGAAAACUGAUGCGAUGGAUCAAUUUAAGCAUAAGAGUAGUGAUGAUGAUGAGGGAGAGUUUUUGUUCUCUGGAUCAUCUCUGCCAUCGAAUAAUAAUAAUCAGUCAGAAUGGGAAUCAUUUUGUCGAACAACUGUGACUACGAUUUGGCAUUAUCAUGGGGGAUGCAAUGUGGGGAAGGUGGUCGAUGGUGAUUUUAGAGUGAUGGGAAUUACUUCACUUCGAGUUGUGGAUGGUUCAACUUUCAAUCUCUCUCCUGGGACCAAUCCUCAGGCCACUCUUAUGAUGUUAGGCCGAUACGUUGGGCUUAAGAUGUUGGAAGAAAGAAGAGGAUAAUACGAGUGACUUAUAAGAUUCCAACAUACAUCAAAUUAUACUAUUUUUUUAGUAUUUUAUCAAAAUCAUACUCAUUUCUAUUUUGUCCAUGUCGAGGGUUAUUAUAUUGUUUUUCUAGCGUUGUUUAAUAUGAGUAAUUUAUUAUUUAUAAUC